AUGGAGGGGAUUUCGAUCCAGAAGGUUUCGAUUUGGGGAACCACGCUUGCGUCUGUCAUCCAGCGCUUCUCUUCCUCUGGUGGCGAUGUGGAUGGCGUCCUCCUCGGCCAUUUCGGUCGGCUCCUCCCGCCGGAACUCACCGACGACGAUCCCUCUUCCUCUUCCUCUUCCUCGCCACUCUUGUCUGCUUUCAUUACCAACUACUUCUGCUUCGGCAUGCCUAUGGGCUUCUACGACUCUCUAGGCCGAGUGGAUUCCCGUCUACUCGACCGCGUCCUCUCUCUGGUGAAGUGGCCAGAGAACUGCACGGUGUUGGGCUGGUUUUCAGCCCGUCGAAACUCCGGUCUCCGACCAUCCAUGCGGGAGCAUGCCGUUUCCGUGUCACUCUCCAAAGUCAUGGAGGCUCUAGCCCGUGGUGGUAGGUUCUCGGAGAAUUCUCAAGAACUCAUGGCCGAUCGGUGUAUUUUCAUGCUCUUCUCGUCCUCUGCGGGUAGUCAUGCUAUCCACAACCACGAGUACCGCGCAUAUACCUUGGAGCCGAAGAGUAGAGGCCAUGUACACACUCGGACGCCAGUGGAGGUGGUUAAUCUGGGUCCUGCGUUCCGAAGCCAGUACAACCUCUUCUCCCCAGAAUCAUCAUUCCCGUGGAUGCCCUGCGGAUCGGAAAAUUCCAAGGUCUUGGAAGAUAAGAGUCUCAUUAAUUCUCGGCGGACUUCACGGGACUCGGCGGCGCUGGGCGGAUUAGCUGAAGGUUACAAACUUGAGAGGUUGCGGCAGAUGGUAGGGCCUAAUGCUGAAAGGCACAAAUCUGAAUUGGAGCAGUUGUACGAGAGUAUGCUUUUGAAGCUCGAGGGGUUAGCAGAGCUUGUGGAGAAAAGUUCAGUCGGAAUUCUUGAGCAGGUGAAGUGUCCUAUGAAAAUUUAUAUUAUUUUCUCUAUACAUAUCCUUUAUUCUGUAGAAAUGAGAAUUCUAAGAUUUCCUUCCAGUUUUUAGUAUAUAAUCCCACUGAGAGAGCACGAUUCCAGUAAUCAACUGCCCUAAGAUAACUGAAAUGUAGACUUGUAGACUGGGAUUGGAUUGACGACCAUCAUUAUGUAUAAAGAAUCAAAAGCCCCUUCCUCCUGCAUAUGAUGCUAACAUCUUGUGGAUAGAAAAUUGGAAUAGUAUGUGCACAUUUAAAUUCAUGGGAAAUAAUCUUAGUCUUGUUUCCUUUUUCCACAAAAACUUAAGCAUGCCAGGUUUUUAAUGCAAAUUGUAUGGUGUUGUAAUAACGUUACUUAAUUACGAAAAAUCUGGUCAUAUGAACUAUCUGACCAGAAAAAAAACAAGCAUCGCUGUUCUUCUAGGCAUAGAAAGACAUUGAAUAUGCGCACAUGUUUCAUAAUAACAAAUGGUCAGUAUAUGAUUUCCUCGUUGACAUGUAUGUGAUUCAAAGAAUAGCAACACAUUCCUUUUCAGAUUCGUGCAAGCAACAGUAGUGAAGAAGAUUCAAUUAAGCUUCAUUCCAUAGAUUUUAUCCACUACAGUAGCAGGAGUCUUUUAAGAAAAGCAAACAUAUUCUUCUGUCCUACAAUGCUGAAGGGUGCCUUUUUUUUCUGUGGCAACUCUAGAAAGAAUUACUUGGAAAUAAACGGAUAAAGUAUGUGGCUACUGCAGUGUUUUGCCUAUUAUAUCUAUAGCACCUGAGAUGUGGAUAACGGUACUCUUUGACAUCAUCAUAUGGUGGGCUGGGAUAUUUGCAUUGGAAAAAUGAUUCAGCUACAAGUAUUCUAUAUAUAAGACGAUGAGAUCAUGAGAGGGGUGGUGCUUACAAACGAAGGCGAUGGUUCUUAGGGAAGGAAGGAAACACAUAGGUGGCUAUUGUGUUUUAUUUAAUAAAAAGAUAAAAAUUAACAUUGAAAUAAAAUAAGCGAUAUUUAAAUAAAAUAUGGGUGUUGAGGAUUUAGAGAGAAAUUUUGUGGAAGGUGUAAUUUGGCUUAUAAUCGUUUUGAGGAAGGAAUCUUUUGUGCAGUGAUUGUGGCCCCCCUCCCAAACAAAUGAGCACAAUAAAGUGGAAGCAGAGCGAAACAAAAACAAAACAAACGUGGAAGGUGGUUUUCGUGGAUACAAUGAUCUAUAAAAAAACAGAUAUUUGUAAAGAAAUGUGAACAACGUGCAACCUGAACACAGCGUUCAAGAAGAAUAAGUAUAAUGAUUCAAUAGAUCACUCAAAAGAGUUUUUUUAACUAUGCAAUUGAAGAAACAUAUCAAUCAAUUGGGAAAAAUAUUUCACUUUUAAAUAGAAUUGAAGAAAUGCCAAACUAACCAAAAGAAUGAAGCUUAUCCUAUUGUCGAUCGUAAAAAUCUUGUAUUGACUAUGUCAUCUGGAACAUUUACAAGAUUCGCCUCAUCUGGAUAGCAAUCUAGAAACGUGAUAUUGUGGAUGUUGCAAGUUGUGCCAAUCUCUUACAGCUGCUUUUCUUGGUAACCUAUAUAGAAGAAAUGUGCUGAGGAGAAAUGAAGAGAGAUUGGCAGAAUUUCCACCGGCCGUGGACUGCAGAAGACACUUAUAUCCACUGACUUCUAGAAAUUCCCUGUGCGGCAUAUGGUUGACAAAAAAAAGGGCAAAUUAACCUUGGUGCACCAUAUAGUUAAACAGGAAUUUGGUAUUUGGGCAUAAAGUUAUGGUAUGAUAUGCUGGAGUGUUGGAAUAGGAUUGGAGAUCAGUUUCAAUAAGAAUCGAUGAAUGAUACCUCAGAGGCUAUAUAGCUUCCAAUUAAUAACCUAAAAGAACUCCUUCCUUUAAUAUAUAUAAUUUUCUUUUAGACUGGUUUUUCCUGCUCAUAUUGUUAACUUUUUGUUGGACUUUUUAAAAGGAUUUUUUGUCCUAUCUUCUCAGAUUGCUCCGAGUGGAGUGCAUUCUUAAUAGGAAGUGAUCCACAUUGGAUUGAAGAAUACCAGAUCUCUUAGCACAUCAUCCUUGUAGACGUUAAAUGUAUAUCUUUACACUACAUCAUUGAUCUCCGUUUCUGUCAGGAGUGAUCACCAAUUCGAUGGCAUCCCCAACUUUUCAACUUUGACUGACCGUUUGCCAUUGGAGAACUAUCCCAUGGACAUCACGACAUCACCUUCUGUUUCUUUUCCAUUCAUCAUUUUGUCUGCCAUUUCUUAUCCAUUGAGUUCAAAUUUUGAAGGCUUUUUAAAGAACUUAAAAGUUUUCCUCGUUGCUUCUGCUUCCUCUAAGUUCAGUUAUCUCUCUCGAUGAUCUUUAGAACACGCCCUUAUGCAAAUCAAUAUUAACAGAGAAUCAACAUGAUUUAUUUUUCAUCGGGAAUUUUAGUGUGAUUAAAGAAUUUUUUUGGGAGUGAGUCUAGAUUGGUGGAUAGAGUGCGUGUGGUAUUGCUAGACCCAGGAUAUGCAGGUUAAGAACACGCUCUAGAUCUGAACUAAGGCCUUGAACUCGCUUUUCUUGAACUGUUAUCUCUUACCUUCAUUUGUUGCGCGCCAUUUUUUCCUAUUUUUGUUUUAUUUUUUAUUUUCAUUAUUGCGUAGACAAUACUCUCAUCGACUAGCUUUGGAACUUGAAUUUUAUCACUACAUCACCUAGAUAGUUUCCUUCUGCCUAUCAGCUGCUACAUGUCAAAGUCAGGUACUUCUGGGAGGUUCGACAUGAUAGUUCUUAUCAUUAGUUGUCAUUCCAGUUCUACCCUUCCCAUCUUGAUUUCUUCUUUGGCUACUCUCCUAAAUCUUUCAAGGCGGCUUUUGGGAGUUUACACUUAAGUUGCCUAAAAAUGUCGGCCGCCAUGUCUGUUUUCACUUUGAUGGUGUUGCGUUAUCAGACAAGGAAAAGUGAGGCAGUGUAUUGACCUGUCCUUUCAUUUAUGCAGGAAAAUAGAAAUCUAGAGUUAAAAGCCAAAGUUGCCGGAUUGGAGUCAACUACUCCAUGA